AUGUCAAAGCCGACAGUUCUCGUUGUAGGAGCAGGCGCCGUCGGGGCCUUUUAUGCGAGUCGUCUGCCUAAUGCCGCUGUCAGUGUCAUCUGUCGGUCCAACUACAAGGCCGUCAAGGACAAUGGCUUCACCAUGAAGACUCAUACCUUUGGCGACUACAAGUUCACGCCUGCGAAUACCUUCAGCUCACCGGCCGAGGCUUCUUCCAGUCACAUUAGCUGGGAUUUCAUCGUCAUCACAACGAAAGCACUCCCCGAUAUCACCGACGACACAGAAAUCAUCAAAGACCUCGUGACACCCGGCAAAACAGCAAUCCUCUUGAUUCAAAAUGGUGUCGGAGUCGAGGAACCGUAUCGAAUUGCCUUCCCAUCGAAUCCAGUCUUGUCUGCAGUGACGGUCAUUAGUGCUGCUCAAACAUCACCCGGUGUGGUGGUCCAAAAUCGAUGGACACGUAUCAGUAUUGGUCCCUACAGCGGCGAUGACGUGCUUGAGCUGCCACCUUCAAGGGAAGAAGCUCAUAAACGGGAUGCCUAUGCCACGGAAAUGAAUAAGCGUUUUGUGCAGCUCCUCAAGGAAGGAGGUGUCAAGGACGCCGAGGAGUAUGAUGAAGCCGGCCUACAACUUGUUCGAUGGCACAAAAUCGCCAUCAAUGCGAGUAUGAAUCCAUCUGCCGUCCUGAGUUCUGGAGCAGGCAAUGCUGAAAUGUCAUUGGACCCGGAACUGCGUAUCCACUUGAAGGGCGUCAUGGAGGAAGUGCUGCAAACAGCACCCAAAAUCCUCGGCCGUCCGUUUCCCACAAAACUUGCAACCGCUGAAGCAAUUCUCAAGUCAACAGAACGGAACACCUCUGGUAAGCCGAGUAUGCUGCUCGAUUGGGAGCGUGGAAAUCCGAUGGAGCUAGAAGUGAUUCUUGGCAACCCUGUGAGGAUUGCACGGCGUAAAGGGCUGGAGAUGCCACGACUGCAGAGUUUGUAUGCAUUGCUGAGGAUGGCAGGACAAAGGCGACGUGAUGGCAAGGUCAAGCUAUAG